ACCUCUUACUAAUUGUCCUAUUGAGACACUGGAGAGCUGGUCCAACAACCCUUCACCUCUUACUAGUCCAAAUUUUUCGCCACUCUAUAAGUAAAAGAAGACACUGUGUGCACAUGGCUGUCGAUUUGUACUCGUAAGAGAGAGAUAGAGUGUGUGUGUGUGUGUGUGUGUGUGUGUUUUAUGCUCAUCUCCUCCCUGGGGACAUUGAGACACAAAAAAGAAGAGAAAAAGGAGAGAGAGGAGUGUUAGUAGAUGGUACAGAUUCUUGAGUGAUCUGAGCUCUCACCAAUCAGCCAAAGAAAGCAAAAAAAAAAAAAAAAAAAAAAAAAAAAAAAAAAAAAAAGGGGUAAAAAAAAAUGAGGAGGAGGUUGAGCUAUUUGAUUUGUGUGAUGUGUGUAGUGUUGGGAUUUGUGGCCUGUGCAGAAGCAGAAGCUGAACUGAAGCUGGGGUUCUAUGACAAAACCUGUCCCAAAGCAGAGACAAUCAUUGCUGACUAUGUGAAGAAGCACAUCCCCAAUGCACCUACUGUGGCUGCAACUCUCCUCAGAACUCACUUCCAUGAUUGCUUUGUCAGGGGUUGUGACGCAUCGAUUCUGAUAAACUCCACAAAAAACAACGAAGCAGAGAAGGACUCGGCCCCCGACGUAACCCUUCGCGGGUACGACUUCAUCGAUCGCGUGAAGAGCUUGGUAGAAGAGGAGUGCCCGGGGGUCGUGUCUUGCGCCGACAUCAUCGCAUUAGUAGCGAGAGAUGCAGUUGGAGUCAUAGGAGGCCCAUAUUGGGAGGUUCCGACGGGGCGAAGGGACGGCCGGAUAUCGAACAAAACGGAAGCUUUGAAUGAAAUUCCUGGGCCACAGUUCAAUUUUAGCAGGCUCAAAGCUUCUUUUGCUAGCAAGGGCCUAGAUUUGAAAGAUCUAGCAGUAUUAUCUGGAGCUCACACAAUUGGAAUUGCGCACUGCAACUCAUUCAACAAGCGCCUCUACAACUUCUCCGGUAAGGGCGACAACGUCCUCGACGAGGACCCGUCGCUGGACCCCUUCUACGCCGCGAACCUAAGGAAGAACAAGUGCAAGACGCCGACCGACAACACGUCGAUCGCGGAGAUGGAUCCCGGAAGUUUCCUCACAUUCGAUAUCGACUACUAUCGAAACCUGCUAAAGAGGAGAGGCCUCUUCCAAUCCGACGCCGCGCUCCUCACGAAUUCUGUCACCAAGUCCUAUGUGGUGGAGCUUCUCGACGGGCCUCUCGAGACUUUCUUCAAAGAAUUCGCGGUCUCUAUGGUGAAAAUGGGGAAGAUUCAGGUGAAGACGGGGACCGAGGGGGAGAUACGAAAGAACUGCGCGGUUAUAAAUAGCUAGUUUGCGAACAAGAGUUGCAUUUGAUUGCGUUCUUUUCUUCGAGAGUGAAUAAAUAUUGCUUCAUGUUCUUUGUUUCUUCGCGAGUUCUUUCCAUUUAAAUGUUUAUGUUCGUUAAAUUUAUUGUGGAUGUGUAUGAUACUACUCUUUGAAUAUAUAAGGAGGAUGAACAAAAGCAACUUGAACUUGUUAUCUAUA